AUGGACCGGAUUAGGUCUUUUAGUUUUCGUAGAACAGAAAGUGAAAGAUCCGAGCCGGUCCAAAAUUCUGAGUCUGGAAUGAAUCUGGUACGAACUCCAUCUUUGUUGGAGCACGUUAGGCGUUUUAGUCUGGAUUUAGGUAAAGUGCAGAAGGAAAGUUGUGACUUGGUUGAGCAGCAAUUAAGCCGUGCUCCUUCCUUCCUGCAGCGGCUUAAGUCCUUGACCUUUGACAGAUCGGAGUCCGAAGCUGAGGUGAGGGAUGCUGGGGAGUUCGUGGAGGAAAGGGAAGAAGAGGAAGGGGUGGACGCUAAGGCUGAUGAUUUCAUCAACAGGUUUAGGCAGCAACUCAGGUUGCAGAGGCUUGACUCUAUUCUACGAUGCAGGGAUAUGCUCACACGAAACUCAUAA